AUGAUUGAGGCUUAUCUUCGUGCAAUUAGUGUUGGUGUGAAAGUGGGACAAUUGGAAAAUGAUGCCUCUGCAAUGAUGACACAUAAAACAAAGGUUGUGACUGGUCUAACAAAAAGAAUUGAAGGGUUUUUCAAGCAGAACAAAGUCACUUAUGUCAAAGGUGCUGGAAAGAUUGUAUUUGGAAGUAAAGUCUCGGUGGAUCUUUUAGAUGGUGGAAAUAGGUUGCAGAGAAGGGGAACACGAGCAGGUGACCAUUUUGUGUAUGUGUUCAAGGGCUCUUCUGUGGAUGGAGGAGGAGUGUAUUUUGAACCUGUAGAGUGUGGUGUUCCUGAUUGUGGAUUAAUGGGUGAGUUUGUGCCUAAAAAAGUAGUAGGAGAAGAUGUUUUUGAUAAGAUAUUUUUUUCACUCCGCAAUCACUUGAAAAAGACUCAUCGGAAGUGUUCUUGA